AUGUCGAAUAGACGGUCUGGCAAUCUGCGCACUUAUUUAAUAAAACUUCUCGGGAAGUCUGACCUACCAGAAUCAAAAGUUCACAACAUUGUGGACUCAGCCGAUAAAGAUGGAGACCAGUUCAUUACUUACGAUGAGUUCCUGAAACAAGUUCUAUCUGAGGAUGAAGGAACUCUCCGGAAACUGCGUAUUCACAAACGAGUCCUCAAUCGUGCAGUGCUCGCUAUAGCACCGGAUUGUGGACGCGAGUAUCAACGGACUGUUGCUGUAAACUCUGGUUACGAUUCUAUCGAUGGCUACAAUUGGGGUGAAGCAGACGUUGAUAAUUAUGUACAGGCGUAUGACUGUCGUCCUCCUCCUAUAUUUAUCCCUUUGAUAACUAUUGCUGAGAUUGUAGUUUUUAUUUACUACGUUGUUACUUACAGCAACAAACCUAGCUCUUCCAGUAUCGUCACAGCGUCAUCUGGUGUCCCAAUUGAUAGUAUACUUAUUUAUAACCCAACUAAACGUCAUGAAGUAUGGAGAUUUUUAACCUAUAUGUUUAUUCAUAAUGGUUAUGUGCAUCUAGCUUUCAAUUGCUUACUUCAAGUUGUACUUGGUCUUCUACUUGAAAUUGUUCAUAAAUUCUGGCGAGUUGGAUUAGUUUAUUUGUUAGGCGUUAUUGCAGAUUUUCAGACUUUUUUUUCCUUGAAAAAGCUUCCGCCAGAUUGCCAGGCAAAACGUUGGAUCUACUUCAAAUUCUUUCGCUGAAAUUUUACAAAUACAUUUUUCCACUUAUGUAUUCGUUUUCAAAAGUUAAAAUGUUAGGUAAUGACUGGAAACUUAGGUCUACUCAAAACUUAUUGUAAAGUACAUGGCAACACUAUGAUCGCAAGUGUAUUGUCUGAUUUUACUUUCUGUGCUUUCCUGUUCUUUUAUUUUGCCCUAUUUAACUCCGAAACACCUAUCUACACCCGACCAGUCCUAUGUAAAUAUUUAGUUCUUUUGUCUUGUAUAUUUAUGUUGUAUGUGUUUGGCAAGAAAUUUUUAAUUUGUCCCUUGAUUUUUUACCGAAAAUUCAACAGUUAUCUAUUUAAUCCUGUUUUUGUAUAUUAAUGUUUUCACUAUAGGUUCUUUAGCUCAUUCUGUGAGUGACCCAUUUGUUUUGUUGGCAGGAGCUAGUGGGGGCUGUUAUGCACUUAUUGGCGCUCAUUUAGCUACUGUAAUAAUGAAUUGGGAUAUAAUGCAAGAGGGAUGGCUGAAAGAUCCUUUAAACUUCAUAUCAAGUGGUGUUGUCAGGUUAAUUCUAAUCAUUCUACUUGGUGGUGGUGAUACUGGAUUAGCCAUUUAUGCUCGAUUGAAAAACCCAGAUGAAAGAACACGUGUUGGUUUUUCUGCUCAUUUCGGUGGAUUUAUAGCAGGUUACUAAACAAAUCUAAUUUGUUCUAACAAUUAUCGUUCUUUUGUUACGUAUCCACUUCCUACCAGUAACCAAUGAUUAGUUUCUUUAAACAUAUGUAAAUUGUUUAUUGACCCAGAAUUACAUAUUUAGUGCGUUUUCGUGCUCAAUUUAUGGUGAAAUUUUCAAAUUCGUAGUUCAACUCCUGGAACUAUCAUAAAUAUGUACAAUACUAGAUUGUACAACCAUAGUUACAUUUAGACAGAUAAAUUAACUAGCUAUAAAGUUAUAUUUUCUAUAUUUUUCUGCUACUUAUAUCUCUUUAUAAUUUUUAGAACAGUGACUUAAUGGUUGCAGUGCGUGAUCUCCAGCCUCGCGCUUAUAGGUUUGAACACCAUGCUAUCUACUUUAUUUUAGACAAAUAAGUAGUAUCACGUCCAAUAGACAAAGGCUAGUUUAACUAUACAUUAAGUGCACACAAAAAUACUCCUAGUAAAUAAGUUGUUAUUAUUAUUUCUGAGUUUUACAACAAGAAAUACAAGCAAAUGUAAAUGUAUUUACAAACAUAGAUACAAUAAUAUAACUUGUUUAAUAAUAUCUUCAAAACCCCAAUACAUUGAUUUCUAGUAAUAAAUUUGACCUAGUCACAUGUUUGCUCAUUUGUAAAAGUAUUUCAUAUAACUGAAGAUUGUAUUUAUCAUAUUAAGUAUCUAAAAGUAAAGCUGGCAAACUAUAACAAAAGAAUUUUUUGAAUGCUGUUAGAACAAUAUAAGUAGAUGUUAAACUAUUGGCAGCGAAUCUUAGUCCUACUCACAUAUUUAUUUGAUCCAUCAAUGCUAAUCAUGUAUCAUAUAAAAAACAGUUUACGUGUUAUUAAUUGAAACCAAACUUAAUAUAAUGUCUACCUCUGGCUUGUAUAAGGGGUAGAUGAAAUAGCUCUUAUCCUUUAAACUAUCUCUUUAUUGUGUACAUAUGUUUUCAUUGAAGCUACAGAUGGUAUUUUUCGUAUACUGAUUAUAAGUAAUGUUUUCUGAAUGGUUAAGUACGUCUAAAUUUCUAAUGUUCAAAUAAAAGAGCACAUACGUAAUUUGUUUACUUAUUGUUUAAGCCUUGGACGUGGAACAGAUAGUGAAUUGUAGUUUUGAACUCCAUCGUACCUCAUUCGAUGUCUGGAAAUGAACUGCAUAAAUAAACCUAACUUCAUAUUAUACAACUGAAAGCUAAACACACGAUCAUGUACUCAGCUAUUGAGUUGUGAUAAGUUUAUCCAACAUUCUUAUUUCACACAGCCGGCAACUAUUUGUUUACUUCAUCGAAGUAGGGUACGGAAAUAAACCUUUUGAUCGCGAUAAAGUUCGAAAAAUUACAUACUUAAGUUGCAGAAGUAGACAGUUAGGUAUGAAUGAUGAUUUAUAAUAUUUUUCCCUCUGUGAUAUACGACGAUAAUAAGACUGGGUGACCAAGUUUAUAAUACCAAUAAAUUGGAUACUCGAACAGUUCGCCAUACACAGGCUAAAUUACGUCAUAUCAGAUACACGAUUCACAACCAGGGAUAGAGAACCAGAGUAGCGCUAGAAAAUACUUUAUCUGACUCAGUUACAAUCAGUCAUUCGAUGGUUCUGGAGUAGAAAUCAAUGAGAGGAGAAGAAAUCACAUAUUUGAUGUUCAGUAAAUUGAGUGCCUGUUUCUUUAAACUCAGUGACCAAUCAGAUUUGCCUUCACCACCAUAUAUCAACUUUAUAAUCUAAUGUAAUUGAAGAGAGUUUCUGUUUCUUUAAUAGUGGUGGUUGUGAUUCUGAAUGAAGAACAAUCUAUUUCAAAGUUUUACCUAGUUAUGGAUCCCUAGAGUUGUAAGAUUUUGUGUUUAUCAUCUUUUAAAUUACCACUAACAAUUACAAUGCAUUGACAGUAUCCAAUAGUGCAGACGAUGUGGUCCAUUAAGGUUCUUGGUACUUGUGUAACUGUUUCACGAGAAUGUGCUGUGCGGUUCCAAUCGUAACGAGAUUAGAUGAGGUUUGUUUCCCUUUAAACUAGUGUAAAAGUACCCAGUUUCAGUGUAUAUUUGUAAUCGUAAUGUGAGGUGGUUGUUCAGGAGUUGAGGUGUUUGUGUUUCAGCUACUGAGCUUCGGGAUUGCAACCCUGCAUCUAGUUCGUUUCGACCGACCGGCUGAAAGUCGAGUACACGAAUCGGUGCCUGUUGGUUUGCAGAAACGAAUAAAUCACUUAGUCAUUGCAUUUAAAUCAGAAAAACUUGCAAUCAAGUGACCAUGUUGUAAUUUUUGCGACUCAUUGUCGUUAUACUACAAGGUGCUUGACAUAACGUUGACACAGAUUGUCGUUUUCAAGUAACCGAUAUAUGCAAGAAAAUGUAAGAUUGUCCUUUUCAAAUAGUUACAUUGGGAAACAUAUCGUCAAAAUGUUUUCAGAUUUAAUUUUGUUGAAAUUUCAUUACCUAUUUCUCACAUAUAUGUCUUAUUUUUUUUUCAUUUCUAGGUCUUUUAUUAGGUGUAGUUAUUUUGCGCAAUUUAAAGGUGGAAAAGUGGGAAAAAGUUUUCUUUUGGAUAUGUAUUCUUUUCUUCGUCCUAUUGUUGUAGCAACUAUCUUAUUCAAUGUAUUUUGUGCAAGAAUUAACAAAUGUCCUGCCUCUAUAUGGAAUACCUAAAAAAUUCAAUCAGAUUUUUAUUAUUUUUAUGACAGAAUUUAUGCAUUCUUGUUCUGUGAAAACACACUUUUCCAGAUUGUAGACCUAAUUUUUUACUUCAACGUAUGUAUGUAACUAAUCAAAGCACUGUGUGUUUUUGUGAUUGUGCCUGUGUGCGCCUGCUUUCGUUGGCUUCCUUGUUAACUCUUUCUCCUUUAUGGAUUAUCUAAAAUAUACUAUUUUUGAAAACCGUUUAUACUUUUUCCGUUUUUCAUUUUUAUUGAAUAUAAUGCCUUACUUGUUAUUAUCAUUUUUGUCUAACUUCGUUGAUCUCUAGUGGUUAGUAUAAAUUUUAUCAUGAAACACAUACUUUGUUUCUUUUAUAAAAAAGACGGGUAAAUACUGUCUGACUCAUAGAAAGGAAUUAACGUAUUUAUUCUUGUCUGGUCAGUCUUUUACGUUCAUUUCUUAUACUUGGACACUAUCUUAUGCUUUAUUUGCAUGACUGAUAUUAAUGUGGUACAUGCUGACACUAAAAUACAAAUUGUUGUUUUCGUAUAUCUCGUGUUCUAAAGUCUAGUCCUAGUGACUUUUGUUUAUUUAUUUACUUUUUUUGGAUCCAUAAUCAUCUCUGGAUAUUUUGAUUGGAUAAACUUUUGUUUUGUCUCAUUACCAUCGAUUUAUUAGUAUUAUUUGGUUGUGUAUCAGACAAUCUAAGCUAGGUAGAUAUAAUAUCAUUAUCUUUCGUUUUGUAAUGUAUCAGUGUAGCAUACAUACAUACAUACAUAGAGGAAUUUUUAGUUUUUGUGUAUAAAUAUAAGGGUUCAUGAAGCGUCAGUAAUGAGUAUUUAUUUUUUAGAGAAAAAUUAAACGAAUAAAAUAGGACAAUUUAGAUAAAUAAUAGAAAGUAAUGAAGUGAGAUUACUUAUUUUUAGUUAAGAUUUUUGUUUAAUUCAUUUUGUUCAUAUGGUUUUUUCAACUGCUUUGUUCACAAUCUAUAUGACUAAGAUUGAUCAAUAUUUUGUUCCUGUUACAUAAAUUGUGAAGGUAUUCUUUUUUAAAUAGAUGUAUUUGUAUGCGUUGCGCAAUUAGAAACUUUAUAUUAUUAUUACUAUUGUUUGCUAGUGUAUACUUUCUAAAAUAUAUUUGUGUACUU